AUACGAAUCCUCCUUCAACCAAUGUUAACUAUAUUAGUAUUGAUUCUGAAUCAUCAACAAACUCUAAUUUACCAAAUGAUGAUUCUAACUAUUUAUUACCAAAUAAUAAAAAUUUGAAUCAGGAACCAAAUAAUAAAAAUUCAAAUCAGCAUUUGAGAUUAGAAGCAAAAGUUAUUAUUAAUGUUAAAAGUUCUACAUUGAUGCUUGCAAAACUGUUUAUAUUUAAUUCAUAUAGAUUUGAUACAUUUCAUUAUGACCUUAUUCAACAUAUUCAUAAGCAUCUUAAUAAUAACAAGGUUGAUAAAGAUAAUAUUGAAAUUACUUACAAAGUAAACGGACAUG